UGUGUGUGUGUGUGCAAGUGCCGACUUGUUUUUCUUUUUUUUUUUUUUUUUUUUCCGUUCAACUAAAAUAAUAAAAUAAAAUAUAAACCCCCCAUGUCUACUGCUAUUCCUUCUACGGUGGGUACACCGCAACCUUCAGGUAUGUCCAUCACGAGUCCAGCACAAGCUUUUGCUCAAGCCCAAUUACAACAGCAUCAUUUGCAAGCACAGAUUCAGCAGCAACAUUUACAAGCGCAAAAUCUAUUUAGACAAAAGCAACUCAUGGCACAAAAGCAACCAUUGUUUCAACAACCCCAACAAUUGUUACAGCAACAUCAACAGCAACAGUUACUACACCAACAACAGCAGCUGCUACAGCAACAACACCUGAUGCAACAAAAGAUGGCAGGUAACCGUUUAAAUCCAUCUCAUCCUGUGACACCCAUCAUUCCACAACAGCAGGCAUCUCCAGCACCUUCCAAAGUGCUUGGGACACCUAGGAAUCAAUCAAAUGGACAGGCUGUACUUCGUUUACUUCAGUUUGCAGAACAAUUAAGUCCAGGACAGGAAAAGGCUGUUGAACGAUUAUACUGGGAUAAUUUUAUUCAAGAUUUCUUUACGGAUCAGAGUACAAUGAAAAUGGGAUUAUUUAACAUGGAAACCAGCGAACAAAAAUCCUAUGAGGUAAAUCAGUCAUUACAAGCACGAUUCUUUCACACCCAGUAUUUAUGCGGAGUGAUCUCAAUUCAGAUGACAUUGGAAAAGACGAUGGAGUAUAUUUUACCAGGCGGUAUUAUGAAUGUGGAGUGUCCUCGAGCCAGCCUCAUCAAUCGAUACGACAAUGGAUCGAUGGUCAUAUCCACUGGCCAUUUAUGGGUCCAAUUCUCCAUGACAAUGGAAGGUAUUUGGAAAAUUGGACAUUUGGAUUUCACCUUUGGAGGUCAUGAAGAGUACAUGCGUCGGCCAAAACCCAUCACCAAAAAGAAGAUACCGCCUACACAACCUAUACCAGAAUCGCUUGUGAAUAAAUGGGGUGUUCCUCCUCGCUUAUUUCAUCUAUUACAAAUUGCGGAUAUCGCUCCGCGUAUGAGCGAAAUCGUCUUUCAUUCGCUUGUCUCGGGUGCCACCCCAAGAGAGAGUCUAAACGCCAUUGCUCAUGAUAAACAGCCACCUGUUGCUUCGCCUGUCGUGAAAACACAAACGCAUCCACUGCAGCUACAGCAGACAUCGGUCACUGCUUCUUCUCCUGCUGCUGCUGCUGCGCUGAGGCAACCCAAUGGUUUUCCUCCAAUGUCAUACCAACAACAAACAUACCCUACUAAUACAGUCACACGAAAGUGAUUUUCUUUCCCCCCCAAAACCCAAACCCAAACCAUAAAAACAAAAAAAUGUCACUUCUUUUGAAUUCAAAAUAUAACCCUCUUCAUUUUUUCAACCCCAUAAAAUAAAUAAAUUCGAGGUAUCAAAC